UCGGAUACGCGAUAUCCGAAUUCGAAUGAGGCCUACACCCAGCAGCUUAUCGAGAUUAUAAAGAAGCCUGGGCAGUCGCUGCUUUACCUGAGGAGGAAUGCAUACGGUGACGUAAUUCGACCUGGCGAUGAGAUUCUCUCCAUCAAUAAUGUCGAGGUCUCGUCCAUGUCCAUAGACGAUGUCGUGCUAAUACUGAGUAUUCCGCGAAGGCUUUUGCUGCGGAUACGAUACGGUGACGUAAUUCGACCUGGCGAUGAGAUUCUCUCCAUCAAUAAUGUCGAGGUCUCGUCCAUGUCCAUAGACGAUGUCGUGCUUAUACUGAGUAUUCCGCGAAGGCUUUUGCUGCGGAUACGAUAUGUGAAACACCGUCGAGAUCAGCAAGCAACCACGAAGUCAUCCGAGCGUCCAGUUGUCGUCUUUCAUAAGUUCGAGGAACGCUCCGACGAGUCUGCAAGUGGUUCGAUUCUCACGCAGCCUACACCAACUGCUCAUACAUGGCUGGGUAAGAAGGCACGGCAACAGCAA